AUGGGGGAGGUAUUAGUUAAUAAUUAUUUAAAGUAUAUAAAUGAAUUUUUAUUAUCUAUGAAAAGAGAUUUGUAAUUAAAAAAGUGUGGACCAAAAUACUUUUUAUUUCAUUAUGAUAAAAAUAAACCUCAUUAGCAAUCUGAAAUGAGAGAAUAUCUCUAAAAUAAUGAGUUAAUCCUUAUCGAAUAACAACUAUUCAGUCCUGAAUCAGUUUUUUGA